CGCGGACACGUUUGCGAUGCGACUGGACGUAGUGUAGUGCAGGUCCCGACCCCGCGAACAUGGCUGAAGUUAACCUGGAGUUCCUGCAGGACCUGAUCAAGGAUGAGGAGCCUGAUGUGAUCAUCAACUACUUCGAGGGGGCGCCAGGCUCAAAGCGCGGUGACAACUACACCUCGAUGGUAUACCGCAUCACCCUCAAGGGGACCAGACGGCACACAGACCCUGACGGCUCCAACGCAACCCAAGAGCCUUGGGAGAGCUCAAUCAUAUACAAAUGUCUUCCCGAAAGUAUACACCUCAGAGACGCUUUCAAAAGCGACGUGCUCUUCUGCAACGAAGUCGCUUUCUACAACAAAAUCUGGCCGGCGCUUACCAGCUUCCAGAAUCAAUGGGAAGGAUUGAAAACGCCCUUCAAAUCAAUCCCCAAAUGCUACUUGGCACAAAGCGAUACGGUAGUCUUGAAAGAUCUGAAGAGGCUUGGUUUCGUCAUGCCCGAUAGAAGGAAGGGAUUGAGCAUCGAGCAAGCCUAUUUUGUGAUGAAACACCUGGCACAUUUCCAUUCUCUCUCACUAGCUAUGAAGUGCCACAAUCCUGAAGAUUUCUACGAGCUGCUUAACGUGAAAGAUGGAAUAUCAGAAGUAUUCUUCGUAGCAGAAAACGAGGACUAUUACAAGAAUUACUACAAAGAGGCUGCGCUCAACGCGAUCUCCAUGGUGGAGACAGAACUGCAACAUCACCCCAAAAAAGACGUCUACUUGGAGAAGUUCAGGCGGUUCUGUUGCGAGGACACCUUCUUCCAGACGAUGGUGGAUCUAGUGACUCCCAAAGAGCCGCUGGCCGUCAUCUGUCAUGGGGACUGCUGGACCAACAAUUUCCUGUUCCGAUAUGUCGACGGCGAUAUUGCUGAGAUGUAUCUAGUGGACUUCCAGCUGGCCAGAUACGCGUCUCCCGCCCUGGACUUGGCUUACGUCACCUAUAUGUGUCUGGAGAAACCUCAGAGAGAUGAACACCUGUCAUCCCUCCUGGAGUACUAUGCCGAUGAGCUCCACAAGAGGCUGAUGGAGAUGGGAGACGAGGACUCAGUCUUCUACACGAGUCUGACUAGGGACGUGAUGUACGAAAUGUUGCAGGAGGAGUUGAAGAGAUGCAGCCGCUUCGCCCUCGGCAUAGCUCUGGAUAUGUACCCGAUCAUGAUGUGCGACAGCAACGAGGCUCCCAACCUCUAUGAAACUAAGGAAAGUGACUCCCCUGCGCAUGAGUGCACGAAACCGGUGUGGACAUCAAACGAGGCGUGCAGAAGAAAAAUGACAGAUUUAGUCGUCGAAUUGGUUGACGCUGGAUUAUUAUAGACGUAUUACGAUUUACGGGCACAAUCAGAGACGUCAAUUAGCAUUUAAGUUUGAUUAACGUUGAUAAUGUGAAGGUUUACGAGAAUUAUAAAAAAUAACUUUUAUAAAUUUAAAUAAAUAAAUAUUUCCAACACUCACACCAAUUAGCCUAGCCCCAAAGUAAGCACUAUAAGGCUUGUGUUAUGGGAUACUAGGGUAACGGAUAGAAUACAAUGACAUAUACUAUACAUAUAUAAGUAUAUUUAUAUAGAAAUACAUAUUUAAACAUCCAUGACUGGAGUACAAAUGCUAGUGUUCAUCACAUAGACAUCUGCCCCCCCGGGAUUCGAACCCGGGACCUCUCGAGUCGGCGACGCCAUGAAACCCGGCGUGUAAACCACUCGGUCACGGAGGUCGUCAAACAACGUUACCAUGUUACUUAACGAUGUAUUAAAUUCAAUUGACAUUUCUAAGUGCGCGUAAAUUAUAUUAGUUGCACUAUUUGAUGAGAAUUAAGCCUUAGAUGAAAUCAAAAAUGAAUUUUUAUUUUAUCUAAGACUUUGAAGCUAUAAGAAUUUAAUCUAAGAAAUAAAGCACAUAUAACGAGUUUUAGACGACAAUUCCAAGUUUCUUUUGUUCCUUAAUUUAAAGCAGUAAAUAGUGCUUGUUUAAAAUAUUAUAAUUACCUACCUGGUCAUUUUUUGUGUCAUAUGUUUUCAUUUAUAUUGAAAUAAAAAAAUAGUUUUUAGUGUGAAAAUAUCUUUUAAUAAGAUAUUUUGGCUUCAGUUAUUCCAACGAAUGAAGAUACAAAAAUAUUAACCUCAGAAACUGCAAUUCCUAUAGGAAUAUUUGAAAGGUGAACACAACACUAUUAUGUAUUUUUAUUCUUAAAAUAAAAUUAUGUUAAGUAUUUAUUAUUUAUAAAGUUUAGAUAAACGCGAAUUUCGUUGCAUUUAGGAAAUUGUAGUUUUAUAUUAAAAUAAAUUACUAUAAUUGUAUGUAUAUAAAGUAGAAUAAUACAGACAAUUAGAAUAAAUAUAAUGUGUUUAAUUUUAAUGAGUUCCGGCUUUUUUUACAGAUUUUUUUUUAGAUAUUCACUGCUAGUAAUGGGGGAAUUACAUUUGGUCGCUAGCCCGAAAACGGGUGCACGAAAGACAUUACUCGAAUUUGUGACUCCGUUCAUUUACACUUAGCCAUCAUCAUCAUCAUCAGCCUAUUAAUGUCCCCACUGCUGGGGCACAGGCAUUCCCUAUGGAUGGAAUAGGGAGAUAGGGCCAUGACCCACCACGCGGGCCCAGUGCGGAUUGGUGGGUACUAACGACUGCAAAUGCAGCCGGGACCAACGGCUUAACGUGCCUUCCGAAGCACGGAGGAGCUCGAGAUAGUAAAUUUUUGGUCACCCAUCCAAUGACCGACCACUGCGAAAGUUGCUUAACUUAACUAACCACUUGCGCCAUCGAGCUCCUCUACACUUAGUCGUUUACCCAAAUUCCAUUGGCACUCGUAUUCGGGCUAACGACCAUGUAUAAUCGCGCCAUAAUUUUGUUUCCCUUUUAUGCACAACUAGUGGCCCGCCCUCGCUUCGCUUCGGUGUAGAGCUGUAGUGUAAACUAUAGUUUUUGUUCUCAGGCUUGUGCUAUAAAGAAUGACUUUAUUUAUAUAAUUACACGUGUUAUUGUGAAUCAACCAUAAAAGAUAGACAUAUGCUGUUGCAGGAUAUUUUUUAGACAAUUUUAUGUAGAAUAUUUCCGUCAUACAUGAUUUCUAUAGCAUAGAGGAGCUCGAUGGCGCAGGUGGCUAGCGCAUUCGGCUGCGAUCGUUGAAGUUAAGCAACUUUCGCAGUGGUCGGUCAUUGGAUGGGUGACCAAAAAUUUACUAUCUCGAGCUCCUCCGUGCUUCGGAAGGCACGUUAAGCCGUUGGUCCCGGCUGCAUUUGCAGUCGUUAGUACCCACCAAUCCGCACUGGGCCCGCGUGGUGGGUCAUGGCCCAAUCUCCCUAUUCCAUCCAUAGGGAAGGCCUGUGCCCCAGCAGUGGGGACAUUAAUAGGCUGAUGAUGAUGAUGAUGAUGACAUGAUUUCUAUGUAACUUUAACCAUUAAGGCUGCACACGCGACUGAAGCUUAAAAAAUGGAGUAACUUCUCCCGUUUUCCCAACAUUUUCCUUCACUACUCUGCUCCUAUUGAUUGUAGCGUGAUGAAAAGUAUACUAUAACCUGCCCAGGAGUAUGAAGAAUAAUUGUACCAAGUUUCGUUUAAAUCCGUCGAGUAGUUUUUGUUUCUAUAAGGAACAUACACACAGACAGACAGACAGACAAAAAUACUGAUUGCAUUUUUGGCAUCAGUAUCGAUCACUAAUCACCCCCUGAUAGUUAUUUUGAAAAUAUAUUUCAUGUACAGAAUUGACCUCUCUACAGAUUUAUUAUAAGUAUAGAAGAUAAUAAAAUAUGAUUAUGAAAAAAGAUAUUAAAUGAAACUGCAAUAAUUCAUUUGAAUAUAAUUUUGUUGUAUUUCGUUUUAGACACAUACAUUAAAACAUUGGUGUUAAGAGCUUAAAAUAAUGUUUUUUUUUUAUUAGAUUAAAGAGUGUAACUCUGCGUACUUUGUGACUAUAGUAAGUAUUUAUCAUUUCAUUGAUCAAGAUCUUUAAGGGAAAUAUAAAUUAUACGUAUAAAAUCAGAUCAUAUUCUAUGUCCAAGUGAUAACAUAUAAAAUAAGCUUAAUUAUUUAAUACUUAUAUAACGAGUAUCUUAUGACAUAAAUAUAUAAUUUUAAUAUAGUAAUGACUUUGAUACUGGUUUCUUAGAGAACUUAUGUUCAUGAAAUGAUUAUUCAGAACUAGAUUUCUGCACCUUACAAAAAUACAUUUUCAAUAUACCCGUACUCAAUUCGUGGCACUUAAUAAUAAUAUAUAAAAAAUAUAAUUCGUACUUUUUGAAAAGUAAUUGAUUUUUUAUUUAUUUAUUUACGUACGGGUUCGAGGUUUUUUUUUUCUUGUUUCGUUACAGAUCUACUGCAAAUUAAGAGUAUAAUUUUAAACUUAAUUAUUAAUUUAAAUUACUUUAAUCAGUCAUUGAAAGCUUCAGAUUUGAAUGAGAUUCUAGCGCCUAUGAAACAUCUGAAGAUUUCAAUAAUUUUUUUUCUGGGUUAAUAUUAGUUUUUUUUGUAUGUUUUUCUUUUUCUCCCAGUGUCGUGUUCUGCUGUUACUUUCAAACAAAAGAAAGAGACAACGCUAUUACAAAAACAUAGUGUUACUCGUUUCACACGAUAAAAGUAACAAACCAUUCACUUCGUUAUUUAUGAUUACAGAACGCCGAACUUUCCGAAAAUUUCGCUCCAAUAUAGUUUAAAUUGAUUCGUUAAAAACUGUACUUCACUUAGAAUUUAAAAGUGCAGGUUUUUCUUCUUACUGCUUUCGAAAAUCGGUUGUUAAAAGGCCACAAUAACAAAAAGGCACUGUUGAUACUUAAACCUAACCCUGAAACAUCUCGUUUGGUUUACUUCACACUGGCUCUGAUGACCUGUUGUGGGUUUAAACCACCCCUGCCCUUUGAAGCUUGUGUGGGUCUCAUGAACCCUGAUGUUCUCGGGACGCUUUUGAUGGGCGGUCUUGUUGUCCCAAUGGAACUGCCUGAUGAAGAAGACCUCGAAGCUGGCAUUCUGGACACAGGCUUUGGAGUAGGUUUAAUUACAGGUUUGACUGGAGCUGGAGCUCUUUUGACGGUCGCUACUGAUGCAGAACUGUUCAAAGAACUUCUGGAGCUACGAAGCGACGCCCUCGAUGUAGACCUUUCAACUCUCAAAGAAUUAGUUCUCUUUGGAACCGCAGUUCGUUUUGGGUCUAAAGGUGUCCUAGGAGGUGUUCUGGUGUCUUUGGUCGGUAUUCUCUUUGGGAUGUCAGGGGAUUUCGUGGUUUUCGGAAUGGGGGAAUCGCAUUCCACGUUGCAACCGGAAGAGGCGCCUUGCGACGCGCUCUCCGAGUUCAAACUCUGAGUUUCUUCGAAACCCUCGUCGUUUAAUUCGUGUUCGUUCUUUAUUUUUGACAUUCGAGGUGACGUGGUUCUCUCCGUCGAUUGUUUUUCAGGCUUAGAAGUCAUGGAUUUUCUAUAGGCGUUCCUAGACCACACCCCGGUGGGAGGUUCUGUUGGGGACUUGAGCUCUCUGAUGGCUUUCUGCACGUCCUCUUGGUUUAUGGAAGUCCUCCGUCUCAUCCUCGCGUACGAGGCUCGCGUAUCUUUGGUUGGGGUUGUGGUUGUGCUUUGGCUUUUGAGUCGAUCCUGCCAGCGUUUGAGCCUGCUCUCUUUUUCGUCUUUGACAACUUCGUCUAUAGGUUUCGCAACUUCUUUCGGUGUUUCGACGGCAUAUGAGGCUUGGACUUCUAGUUUGGAUGGUCGGAUAACCUGCGUUUCCGCCAGCAGUUCCGUGGUAGGUUCCGGUUUCUUCUCGUCUUCAGGCGAACUGGAGUCUGUGUUCCUUUUGUAUCUCCUCGUUCUUCUCGCGGCGGAGAACCUAUCGAACUGUCCGUCUCCCAAUAUUUCUUGGCACAAGUCCUUCAUUUCUGUGGUAGCUUUAUCGUUUGAAUUGUAUUUGGACAUGGAGGGUUGGUGGAACUUUCUGCACGGCUCCCGUUCCGGUGGUGGGUUGAACACCUUCCUUUGAACUGGUGGCGUUUCUAUGUUGUCCGCGUCGAUUUCCCGAUCGGUUCUAUCCACUCUGGUUUCUCUUUCGCUGGUGACUUGUAUGUCGGGCAGUUUUCGUUUCUCCUCUUCGGAGAUGGAGACCAGUGGUUGGGGUGGCUCUAUAUGCUGUCGGGAUCGUUGUCUCCUCAGGCGUCUCAUCUCUUCGUUCUCUUCGGUCUUUCUCCACGGCACUCUGCUGUCUUUUGUUUGAGGUUGAACAU